CGGGCGGCGCGCGCAUGCGCGGGGCGCGGGCCCGGCGGCGGACGGGAAUUAAAAUGGAAGAUGAGGAGGUCGCGGAGAGCUGGGAGGAGGCGGCCGACAGCGGGGAAAUAGACAGACGGUUGGAAAAGAAGCUGAAGAUCACCCAGAAGGAAAGCAGAAAGUCCAAAUCUCCUCCCAAAGUGCCGAUCGUGAUCCAGGACGACAGCCUUCCCACGGGGCCUCCCCCCCAGAUCCGUAUCCUCAAGAGGCCCACGACCAACGGYGUCCUGAGCAACCCCAACUCGGCCAGCCGCCCCGCCUUCCCCGUGAAAUCCCUGGCRCAGCGCGAGGCCGAGUACGCCGAGGCCAGGAAACGCAUCCUGGGCAGCGCCAGCCCCGAGGAGGAGCAGGAGAAGCCCAUCCUGGACAGGCCGCCGCGGAUCUCUCAGCCCGAGGACACCAGGCAGCCCAACAAUGUGAUCCGGCAGCCCCUGGGCCCUGAUGGCUCGCAAGGCUUCAAGCAGCGCAGAUAGAGGCGGCCGUGCCGUUCCGCCGGCACGGACACACGGACCUGGGCCGGGGGCCCUCCCGGCUUGAUUUGCACUGUGACCCUUUUGCUCUGCCCACUGUGACCUUCAGCCUCACGCACUGUGACCUCCCCUCUCCACCCACUGUGAGCGGCCGUCCCAGCCGGGCUGUCCCCGCCAGCCGAGGGACGCGAGGGGCCGUGCCGGACUCGGCCGGGCGCAGGGAGUCGCAUGUGUCCCGCUGGGGUUGGAGCGAGCGCCAGCAAUAACGUUCGUCGUACUCGAAACCUGGCAUUUAAGGAAAAAAAACCACGAUGGGAAGCCUCCCCAGCUGCGCAUGUUGUCCUCAUCGCUUCCAGAGCGAGUUCUGUUUCCAAGGAUUUUAGGUUCUUUUAUUUGAUUUUCUGUUUGUUUUCUGUAUCUCCCAUUGGUUGAGUGCGUGGGAAGGGUUUGAGCUGUUUGUUUGGAUCCAGAGAGGUAGAGUUGAGUGUUCUGAAAGGAAUUCUGAUGGAUUUCCAUGGAUUAGAUGGCUCGGGGUCGACAAGCUUACACUUCUYCAUUUCCACUGCCAUGGAAGCAAACUCCUGGAUACCCUUGGAUACCUCGGAGUCGGACCCGGUUUACGUCUUGCUCCUGUUAAAGCUUGGCUCCGAUUCCCUGCUGGCUUUGAGGAAAAGCUUAAAACACAUUGGUUUUGGGUUCUUUUGUAUUUGGGGAGAAGGGAAUGCAGAGUGAUCCCAUGAGAAUGCCUGCUGUCCGGCCAUGGAGAGCACUGAAGAAUUAGGGAGAUGUGGCAAGGAGGAGAGUGCCCAGUGCCGCUGUGGCCAUGACAUCGGGCAGUGGGAUAUCCUGAGGCUGUGGCCCCGGGCGGCGCGGGGACGGUACGAGCUCUCCUGGGACGGCAGCCACCGGGAACCAAACCAGCCUUGGAGAAAGCCUGGACGAUCCCUCYGCCUCCCUGGGGGCAGCGAGGCUUCAGGGAAGGGGUUGUCCUCCUCCUGGCAAGAUGACGGGGAGGCUGCUGCUCCCCUGGAUGAAGCUGAGUAUCACUUGAUAUCAAGGGAUUCAUGAACACUAAAUGCUCUUCUCGGAGGGGACGGGACCUGGAACCCCGGUGGGUUCCUGAUGGAUUCCUGCGCCCAGGUGCUGCCUUCAGUGGGGUCGAGGGGGAACGAGCCAAUCUUGACGUGCAUGAAAAGCCUUGUGUGGAAAURAGGCUUAAAUCCUACAGAAAGGGGAAAAUAAAAACUACCUGUGUAUCCAAGCGAUCCGCCGGACCGUACUGAGCUCCCUGCAGCCGGUUCCAGGGCUGGGCUUCCCCCGAGAUCCCCAGUCCCGGUGACUUUUGGGGGAUCUCACUCAUCCCCCUCAGGCUGGGGGCCGAGAUGAGCUCCGGGAGGGAGCGGGAGGGAGAAGGAUGUCAGCAAUAACCGUAGUCACCGCGCCUUUCCUUAAUUAUUCCUAAAAAUAGCAUCGAAUAGCCAAAAACCCCCAAACCCACUGGAUUUCUGGUGCGGCUCACCCCCGGCACCGAACUCUCCGUGUUCGGCACUGGAAUUCCACCACCGGCACUGAGACCUCCGGCACCAAAAUCACCUUUUCCAGCACUGAGAUCUCCUUCUCCGACGCGGAAUUCUCCCGGCUGCUCCCGCUGCGUCCCGGUGCCCAGGACACGUCCCGCCCGCCGGCAGGGCUCGGGCGGCGUUCCUGUGGGAAGCGCCUUCAUCCCGAGGAGGGGGAGGACCAACACGGUACCACGUGUUUCCGCCCCAAAAACGUGCGCCAGAAAGAAAACGUUUUAUAAAUUGUAUUUUAAAUAAAUGUCUUUAAAGUUUUAA